AUGGAUUCACCUAGUCGCGCCGGUUCUCCCGACCAAGGAGGUGCUAUUCCCGUCGACCUGAAUGUUGUCUCAGGGAAACGCGGGGAACUAGAGCCGUUGGCGUCCACAGACCUCGCGAAUCUCCAGUCAGAAGAAUGGGGCAACAGACCAGAGAAUGGAGGGCGCGUCAGACAACUCAAAGCCGAUGCAGACGACGACGACGUGUCAAUGGGGGACGACGAAGGCGACUCAGCCGAUGACAACGACGAGGAAGACCCAGCGCAGCUUGAGGCUGCUCGUCAGCGGCUGGAAGAACAAGCGCGCAAAUAUCUGGCAGCCCAAACACACGAAGUCAUCAUCCCCUCCUACUCCGCGUGGUUUGACAUGUCCAAAAUCAACGCUGUGGAGAGUAGGGCCCUCCCCGAGUUUUUCAACUCUCGAAAUCGAUCCAAAACGCCUGCCAUAUACAAGGACUACCGCGACUUCAUGAUCAACACAUAUCGUCUCCGUCCAAUGGAAUACCUCACCGUAACUGCUUGCCGACGCAACUUAGCCGGUGAUGUGUGUGCCAUAAUGAGAGUUCACGCUUUUCUGGAGCAAUGGGGUCUCAUCAACUACCAAAUUGACCCAGACUCACGUCCUGCGGCCCUCGCGCCUCCAUUUACAGGCCACUUCAGAGUUAUUCUCGAUACUCCUCGUGGACUCCAAUCUCUCCAUCCUGGUAUCCGGCCUACAAAUCCUGGUGCUGCAGCUGUAAAUGGCGCUAAAAAACCACCACCAACGCCAGCUUCGUUGGAACUUCGCUCCAACAUUUACCAAACCUCUAAUAAAUCCGCUCGACCUAUUGACUCAACGGAGGCUGAAGCAUUGGCCAACGGUCCCCGAGAUGGAGCUGCCAACGGUACCAGCCGCGGCCCAACUACAUUCACCUGCGACACCUGUGGUUCUGACUGCACUCGGACCCGUUAUCACUCCCUGAAAGACCAAAAAUUCCAACUUUGCGCCCCUUGUUACCUCGAUGGUCGUUUCCCUUCGAACAUGUUUAGUGGAGACUUCGUCAAGCUCAACACGGCGACCGCGGGUCCGUCCGAUGAUUGGACAGACCAAGAGACUCUUCUAUUGCUCGAGGCCAUUGAGAUGUACGAUGACGACUGGUCUAAGAUCGAGGAACACGUUCAGACCAGAAGCGCGCAACAAUGCAUCACUAAAUUCCUCCAACUCGACAUCGAAGACCCGUAUCUUGCGUCGGAGGCAUCUAUGGGACCGUUGCGCUACGCUCGAAUUCCCUUCGAGCAAGCAGACAAUCCAGUUAUGAGUGUCGUUGCAUUCUUAGCUGGCGUCGUGGAUCCCUCUGUCGCUGGUGAAGCUGCCAAAACCGCCCUACAUCAUCUUGCCAGCGAAGGUAAAGGAGAAGCUACAAAAGCGGAUGAGCCGGAGGCAGAAACGACGGAACCGAGUGGAGAUGCUAUGGCUGUUGAUGGACCACCCAAAAAGACGACCGUUCCUCGAUCUCAGGCGGCCAGAGCUGCGGAUUUGGCGCUGAAGUCAUCCGCAAAGGCGGCCGCGGCUUUGGCGGAGACGGAAGACAAGGAGAUUCGCUCUACUCUUGCGUCUCUCAUCAAGCUAACGUUGACGAAACUCGAACUGAAGAUGUCGCAGUUUGAAGAGCUGGAGGAUAUUCUUGAAGAAGAACGCAAAAACUUGGAGAGCGCGAGAAUGGCGCUUCUCAAUGAACGACUAAACCUGAAGAAAACGAUUGAGCACGUGCGGAGUGAGCUGUCGAGGAACGGUGGGAUGAAUGUCAUGCAGGUCCUUUCGGCACCUGGCGCAAUGGGCACAGUUGGCCAAGGCCCUGUUUCCACCGAGCUUGGUAACUUGCCUAUAGACGCAGUCGGCCCGAUGGGUGACGGAAAUAUCCUGCCGCUAAGUUGA